UUUCACUCUCUCUCUCUCUUUUUCCCAAGGACGUGUUUGGAAAAAAUCCAGAAAGGAACUAUACAGUCAGCUGAGUUAACAGUGCAUGAAGAUCUGUCAUAUGUUUUUUGUGUGUGUUUUUUUCUACUGACCCACAUUUUAAAAACUUUUUGCAGACCUUUGUCUCACAAUCCCUGCUGUUUCCAACUGGGAAGGACGUUUAAGAACGGAUUCUCAAAAAAAAUCAGAAGACGAUGCAGUCACAGGAAGCCCCUGGAGUCCAGUAUAGUCGGUGGAAUGACCAAAAUCAAGAUGAAGUGAGUGUGACCACAUCUUCCUCUGAGGCCCCAACAUGGAGAAGGGUCUGGAACAUGCUGUGUACGGGCAAGAUUGGCAUUGUAGUGAAAGUGAUAGGAGGAUUGGCAUUCUUUUGGAUUGUUUUUAUAAUUGGAUAUGUCACCGGUUACUAUGUCCAUAAAUGCAAACAGCAGUGACAUGCCUAUCAGAUUUUUUUUGUAUGAACUAUUUCCUCAAACUGAAAGCCCUGGACUAUCCCAGAAGAAUGAAACUUCUAAUAAGGAAACUCUUAUGGAACAACAACCUGCAGAACAAGAAGAAACAAUAGAAAGGGUAGAACAGAAAAGAAAAUCAGAUACUUUGUAAAUUCAAAUACAUGUGAACGUCAAUCAAUGUAAGAUGACUCCGACAUAAUAUUCAGACUAUUACACCUAAAACCAGGCGUGUUUUGUACAUAACAAGUGUUAUCAAACUACAGACUGAUAUUGAUAUUCUGUUUGUCAAAUGGUACAUGUUUCCAAUUCUAUCAUUUAAUGUAUUUUAAAUCAAAUUUCUCAGAAUUUGAUACAUGUAUUGAUCUUGAUAACUAUGGACUUUAAUGACAAUUUAAAGUCAAAAUCAUAAAUUUGGUAGGCAAAUGUUGACAUCAAAAAUAUUUCAUCGGAGAACUGUAACAAUGACUGAAUUAAAAUAAAACUGAUGAGUUAAUGAUUAAGUAAAAAUCUAUGCAUAUAGAUUAAUAAUAUAAUAAAGAUACGCGGCCCACAAGCAAUAGACUAAAAAGAGUUAUUUUAAUUUAAAAUGUAUUCGUAAACAAAAAGAGAAAUUAUAAUAAUAUAUAGCAUACAUAGUGAAUACAAUAAGAUAUAUAAUAGCAAAUAAACAUUCUCCCUAUGCUUUAUAU